UCCUUCGUCUGAGCCACGUCUGAGCUCACAUAUGAAUAUGAAUGACAGUGACAUGCACAGGCGCCGCCUGGCGGGAUAAAAUGUCAGUGUGCCUCCUCAUUGGUACGUUCUAAAAGCCCUGUAGCCACGUAGUCCGACUGCUAUCGCAUUGCGUUUAUUUGUGUUAUUAUUUAUACCUGUAUUAUACCUCAAAUGGCUAGGACAGCGUAAGUAUUCGUUUAAACUCUUGACCAGCCAUGAAUAUAGAAUAAUUAGAAAAUUUACGCUAUGUAUGUACGUUGAGCUGCAAAUGUACAUGUACCUACACAAAACGUUAAUAAAUGUAUAUUUAUGCAAAAGCUAAAAAUAAUAUUUGAAGCCAUACGAAAAUCCAUUCAGUCGUUUUUGUGAUUAUUGCAAACACUUUUUGUGAACAGAACUGAAAUAGUGUGCGAGCACCGUAAAUGCCGUCAACACUGAGCAAUUUUUGACAACGCCAACACCGGCCCGGUAUUGUCACUGUCACUUGAAAUGUCAAAAGGUAUUGGAAAUGGAAAUUCGUCAACACUGAACUGAAGCACUCAGAAGCACUGAUUUCAGGAUUACUGGUGGAAUUUUAGAUUAUUUUCUUCUAAAAUACAGCGCACUAACGUUAAUUUAGAAUAAUGAGUACAAAAAUAAAGAAUUAAGCCCUUUUGAACUUCACUAACUUACAUCUGGUGGACUGAUUUUGAAAUCAAAUAACUUAGCGCUAACUCCUUGUUUAAAUCCAGGACGAAGUCAGUCUGAGCCUAAACUACUGCUAUUACAAGCGUGGAGUGGGGCUAAAACUUAGCUAAGUAUUAUAAGUAUCUGUUUGUAAGCAGUACUUUUCGUUGGUAAUCCCUGCAUUAUUAUUUUUUGCAUGGACUCUUGUGUUACAGCACUAUAUACAUAGGCAAAAUGUUAAUACAAUUGGCAUCCAUUACAAAUAAGCCCUUAAAACGAGUUUUAGAGCACAUUGUUUACCUUUUAUUAAUAUUUGUUCUGAUCCCUGUAUUUGUCUAUUUUGAAUUGUGCAUUGUAUUACCAGCAGUUGAAAAAGAUAAUUCAAAGCAUGUAAUUAAUUUGUGUAUAGCAUUUUUCCUGUUACUUAAUAUUGUAGGUAAUAUGCUAUAUGGAAUGUUAACUGAUAGUAGUAUUCAAGGAAAAAUGUUAGAUAGUCAACAAACUUCAGACUGGACUUUGUGUGCUGUGUGUGAGUGCCUGCGGCCUCCUCGCGCAUGGCACUGUAACAUUUGCAACAUCUGCAUAUUGAAAAGAGACCAUCAUUGCACUUUUCUUACUUCUUGUGUUGGAUAUUACAACUACAGAUAUUUUAUACUUUUAACUCUUCAUAUAUUUAUUGCUAUGGUGUAUGCAUUUUACUAUAAUCUUAAGUUUUUGGCUACUUUUAUAUCAUGGAACCAUGGACUGGCAAUCAUUCGAUUUAUUUUUCCACUAGCAAAUUUUGUAGUAGACGCUAGUUAUGAAAGUUUAUAUAUUUUUAUAGUAGUGAUCAAUUUCAUAGUAGCCUUGUUUACAGGGUUUUUAUCUUACUAUCAUUUUAGUAAUGUCUUUAAAGGUCAAACUACACCAGAGAGAAAACAUAAUGAGAGUAAAUAUAAUAAAGGAUGGAGAAGGAAUUUAAUUGAAGUAUUUGGUGUGAGAUGGCACUUGACAUGGAUUUUGCCAUUUAUUCAGAGUCCUUUGCCUGGUAAUGGCAUACAAUGGCAUGAUGAAGAUAAGUACAAAUAAAUGUUGUGUUCAUGGU